GCCCCUCCCCGCCUCCAGGGGGCGCCGCCGCCGGCGCCGCCAAGGGCGCAGCGGCCUCCGGACGCGGCCAUCCCGGUUCCCGUGGGCCUCGCCCGCUCCCCUUCCCGGCUCCUCCGCUCCCCUUCCCGGCUCCUCCGCCGCCGCUGCCCCCGCCCUCAGCCAUGCUGACCUCCCGAGGCCCGGCCCUGUGCACCGCGCUGCGGCGAGCAGGGCCCGGCGGCCUCUCUUCCUUCCACUCCUCCGCUCGGCGCUGCCGCGCCGCCCGCGUCGCCGUGGUCCUGUCUGGCUGUGGUGUCUAUGAUGGCACAGAAAUCCACGAGGCAUCAGCUGUACUGGUUCACCUGAGCCGUGGGGGAGCUGAGGUUCAGAUGUACGCUCCAGAUGUCCCUCAGAUGCAUGUCAUUGAUCACAGUAAAGGGCAGCCAGCUGAAGCUGAGUCCAGGAAUGUUUUAGUGGAAUCUGCCAGAAUUGCUCGUGGUAAAAUCGCAAGCCUGGCUAAGCUCACUACAGCAGACCACGAUGCUGUGAUAUUCCCCGGUGGAUUCGGAGCUGCCAAAAACUUAUCUACCUUUGCUGUUGAUGGGAAGGAUUGCAAGGUGAACAGAGAAGUUGAGCGAGUCCUGAAAGACUUCCACAAAGCAGGGAAACCUAUUGGCCUGUGCUGCAUUUCCCCAGUGCUGGCAGCAAAGGUGCUCUCUGGUGCUGAGGUAACUGUGGGCCACGAAGAAGAGGAAGGGGGCAAGUGGCCUUAUGCUGGGACUGCAGGAGCCAUCAAAGAGCUGGGAGCAAAACACUGUGUGAAAGAAGUAACCAUAUCCUUUCCUGGUAAUUUCCAUGUUGGGAGAGAGUUUAGAAAUGUGUCAUUAAAGGAAUGAACACAUGUAAAAUCUGUGUUUUCCACAUAGAUUUUCAUGGGAACGUGCAGUGGGUAGCAGAUAGCAGUGGUGCAGUGCAGGAUUAGAAACUCUUCUGUACACAGCUGUGUAACUACUGCUGUGUAACUACACACUGGGAGUUAGAAGUUGUUCUCAGGCAGCUCCCUUGGGCACCUGGUAAUACACCAAGUGCUGAAUGAAUUUACACAUAAAACUGACAUGGGUUACAGCUGGUCAGUUCUCUUUGAGAUUUUUAUUCUUUUCCUGAAGUUUAAUGCUGCAGACUGUGCUCAGAGACAUUUUACUACCAUCAGUGAAUUUUGUAGGUUUUUUUGUGUUUCUGGGUGUUUCCACAAGUUUCUCAUGCAGCAUUUGUAUUUCUAGCAAAAAUACCUUGUCAUAGCUUGGAUUAUAGGUUGCACAUUCUUUACAGUUGGAUGGUAUAAAAUAUUUGGAGGAAGUUUUUAUAGGAUAGUGGAGCUGUGAGGUUUUCUCAUUUUGCAGGCAGCAUCUGCAAGUGCUGUGUUUUCCUUAACUUAUUUUUACGAAGCUCAUGUGGAUACAAAAAAUAAGGUGGUGACCACGCCAGCAUUUAUGUGUGAAACAGCAUUACACCAUAUCUUUGAUGGCAUUGGGGCAAUGGUAAAGAAUGUGCUAAAAUUAACUGGCAAAUAAAAUCAGAAAUGUUUAAAUUUAGGUUGUAGUAUCAAACAUAUCAUGGACCAAUGGAGACCUUUGCACCUGCUUGUCCUGCUCACACUCUAGUGGAUGCUGAUAUGAUUCCCAGCUGCAGGAUUUUCCAUGCCUUUUUGAGAGAGGGGCAUUGCAGAGGACAAGGAGCCUGGCCUGAGACACAGAGGAUUUUCUUGGAGCUUUUCCAUCUGGAGAGAGCUGACUGGAUGUAUUCUGAAACAAAGUCUUCCCAACAAACCAAUGUCAAACCAGUUCUAAGGGGGAAAAAGAGACUCAAGGCCCUUUCAGAAGCUGAGGGCAGAUGUGUUGUAGGGAUUUGGCAUAUUAAGUGGAUGAAGAAUGAGAGUAGAGGAGUGAAUGCAUGGUUCAAGGUGUCUAAGCUCAGGCCUGUGUCUGGGAGCUAACAGCCAGGGUCAUCUGUUGAGGGAAAAGACAUCUUCCACAUCCUAAUUUAACCUGGUAUUAAUGAAAAGAUUUUGUUUAAAUUUUAAAGAAUCCCACUUUCACCAAGUCAUUCUGAACACCAAUCAGCAGCAGGACACAACUGCCACAACAGCAGCACUUUGAAAAACUCAUCCAUUGGCCCAUUAUAGUUUUAAAAGGUCUUGAAAUGAAGAAGAGAAUAAUAUCCGCUGACAUGACGCACAACUCUUAAGGACAGCACCCCUGUUAAAGCAGUUGUAUGACAAGUAGUGAAUGGAAAAAACAAUCUCAAAUUAUUCUAACUUCCCCUGCUUUAGGGCAAUAAAGCUUUCUCCAAAGAAGUAUUAUUGAAUGUCUGGAAUAAUGAUGUAUAAAUAAAUUAAUUUCUGCCUUUAUCUUA